AUGCGGACGCGGUAUGGAACCCAAACGCCUAAUAUCAUCGUCCUUCAGGCUUUAGAAAGCGACUGCAGCGACUCCAACAGCACGUUUCCGGGAAGUCUGUUCCUCCCAUAUGCUGGUAAGAGUCUAACUUGUUAACAGUUCCCUCGUAGACGACUAUAGCAGGGCGAGUACAUCGCUUCUUAAAAAAAGCCGACCCAACCAGCACGGUUCCCGUAAGGGAAUUCGAACAUGUAAACGACAAGUUCGCUGGCUUGUAAAGAACCAGCAGCUGAUCUUCAGACGUUUGUCUGAGAUCAAGCAGCUGCUUGAGGCCUUGCAGACCGAAGAACGUCGGCCAACAACAACAACAACAACAACAACAACAACUGGCGUGGCCAUAUCCUUCGGUCUCAUGUUUAAUCGUAUGAUGACCCUGGAGGAUUUCGACCGAUUUGCAGCCGCAUUGGGUGACAAUUCGUAUAGGCAGCAAGUGGUAACUGACUUUGCGUAAUAAAACGGAAAUCCCAGACGUCGUAUUUGACCACAUUCGGUGGAGACGGAACGCCACUAUUUGCUGAGCGAAUAUUCUGUGCACUAUUUUCAGAUGAAAUCACAUCCCACCUAACGUUCCUCGGAAGGCGAAAGGGGGCCCGUGCCCUAUUCGGAUCCACAGUGUAUGACGUUAUUCUCGGUACGUCCUUUACUGCACGUUUAUUCACCAACUGAAAUGCAGAUGUGUUUAACGUCUGGAAUGCUGAUCACAGUGCAGAUCGUCAGCAACUGGAGGAGGCCCUCAAAAAGGCUCUUAAAAAGGCCCAUGACCGUCUCCGCAAGCGCCAACACCGACCAACUGGUGGCCGUUCUUUUAAUGGUGAGUUACCAUAACUUUGUGUGUAACUCCAAACAUUUUCUGUAGACGACACCAGCAAGUCGUACGGUCGGGGUCCAUCCACACCUCCAUACUGUAAAUUCGUCUAG